AUGCCAACGUUCGCGAAUCAUACGGGACCCAGCAGCUUGAUCACUCAUCUCCCCCAUGUACAGCUUGCUCAACUAUUGUUCAAACAUUAUGUGCAGACAGCCGACAGCUUGCAUAGGGAGAUACACAUUCCUUCCACGCAAGCACUCAUGGAAACUACGUAUGCCCAACUGUCAGCAUCAUUACCUGUAUCCACUGAGACCUUGGUCUUAUUCUACAGCAUCUUCGCCUCCAGCUCUUUCUAUGUGUGCCACGAACACUCACAUCAAGUGCAUCGCGAGCUCAAGGAUGCUCAUGAGUUGCAGCCUGUAUGGAAGAGGAUAGCACUGGAGUCGAUCAUGAGCCACGACGCGGUUGCCUCCUUAACUCUGACAUCAUUGCAGUCUAUAUCCAUCAUGAUGUAUUUGACGUGGGAUUCCGAAGGCCAGUCAACGACAUUCCAUACUCUACGGAGCCUGGCACAUACGAAAGCUAUACGGAUGAAGCUUCACCGAUUGGAUGCAGAUACGGCAACUGACUUUAUCCAAGCUGAGUUGAAGCGACGACUCUGGUGGCAUCUUGCAGCAACAGAUUGGUUAAUUGCCAGCGUGCCCGGUCCGCAGGAAGGCAUUUAUAGCUUCCAUACUAAACACAUGUGUGUUCGGUAUCCUGCCAACCUUGACGACGAAGACAUCCGGCCGGACGGGCUUUAUACAGAAGGCCUCCCAGCUGAUCAGCUGACGCAAAUGUCAUAUUUUCUUCAGCGGUUGAAGUUUGCAGAGCUCUGUCGCGACGUUAUGGACAGCCUCCCAAGCGACGAGGCGAGCCUUCCCUACGAUCAGGUCUUGAGGAUGAGCAGCUGCUACACUAACUUUCUGGACCGCCUUCCCUGGUUCUUUUGCCCCGAUGAGAAAAGGACAACCCAGGCGGCAGUUCUGGCAAGCCGACGCCCUUAUCUUCUCCGCCAGAAACCCGUGUUGCUGUACGGCAUAUACUCACGUAUCGGUCGUUUACACCGACUGUUUCUGCUACGAGGCUUCGACGAGAAAGGAUUCUUUUCUGUUUCUCAUUCCUUGGCAAUCCAGUGCGCUGAGAGAAUGAUAGAGAUCCGACGCAUGGUCGAGCCUGGUGAUCUCUGCCUGCACGUCCAUUCUCACAGCAUGGACCAGCACUCAUUCAGUGCGCUGCUGCUGUUGUCGAUAGCCGUCUUGGGGGAAAAGGACACAGAACUCGCGCAGAAGCGCAAGGCGACCCUGCUCCCCAUCUGCAGCAUGCUAAAGGAGAAACAAGGAUCGCUAAGUCGAGCUGGCCAUGGCAUUUCUGCUGCUAUCGACCGCUUGGUGGAGAUCUUGGAGAGGCCGAAUCAAGCGCAUGAUUGGCCGGUGGCUCACCCAGACAGAACACCAAUCCAAGAUGUAGCAACACUCUGGGAGGAAUUAAUCAGAGAACUGCCCAGUCCGUCAGACAUUCCAUGGGACGACUUUCUCGACUGGUAG